CAAAACAAACCAAGCAAACCGUGUUAGUUUAGCAAUUGUAUUUAUAAAAGAAACUUAAAAAAACCUGAGGACUCUUUCACGAAUUCAUAGACAGAAACUCAGGCAACAAACGAUUUGGAUUAUUUUUGGAUUAUUAUAUUAACUUGGACCAUGGAGAAAAUUUGCCGGGCUUGUCUGGGAAAUGCCGGAAACCUGGUCAACAUUUUCGACCGAAUGCCGAAACUGGACACCUCCAUAGCAGAAAUGAUCACCGAGUGCACCGGAUUCGAGGUCAAUCGUGCCGAUUCGCUUCCCAAGACAAUUUGCCAACCUUGUCUGGUGGACGCGCAGACUGCAUUUAAGAUCCGAAAGACUUGCGAGAGGAGCUACCAGUUCUUCUGCCAGGUCAGAGAUGAAGGCAUCGAAGAAGCCAUUUGCGCGUUGCUCGAAGAAGAAGACUGGGAAAUUUCUGACAAAGAAUGCGAGGAAAAUGCCCCUAAUUCUGGUGAAGGAGCUGGCCAGGAUCCAAAAUCCACGAAAAACAAGAAACGACAACGAAGGAAAAGAAACUUGGAUAAAGAAAUUUUUCAAUGUCCGCAUUGUUCGAGGUUCCUUGUUAAUAGAGCAGUUCUUAAAAUUCACAUUCGCUGUCACACAGGUGAAAAGCCUUAUAAAUGCCCACAUUGCCCCAAUUCCUUUGCACAGCAUCCCACACUUCAGUCGCACAUCCGCAUCCACACGGGCGAGCGACCCUUCAAGUGCACCGAGUGCUCCAAGUCCUUUGUGAAGGGUUCCGAUCUCCUGCGCCACCAACGAAUCCACGACGGAAUCCGCCCGCACAAGUGCUCUUAUUGCAAGAAAUUCUUUGGCAGAAAAUCACAUCUGCGGGAUCAUAUUCGCACUCACACCGGAGAACGACCCUUUCAAUGUACCCAAUGUCCCAAUUCGUAUCCCUUGAAACAACAACUUCGGGGACAUAUGACUACCCAUUCGGAUGCAGGAUCGUUUCAAUGUUCCCAGUGCCCGAAAUCGUUUGCAAGAAAGAAAUUUCUUAACGAGCAUAUUAAAAUACACUCUGAAAAUCCUCUGUUCAAAUGUCCCCAAUGCUUGAUGCAAUUUACUUCUAGGUAUGCUCUUCAAGCCCAUAUCCUCACUCAUUCGACGAGUAAGUCCCAUAAGUGCUCUCUGUGCUCCAAGUCCUUUACUCUGAAGCGCUACCUCAAUAAGCACCUUCGAACUCAUAGAAUAGAAAAGUGAUUGUCAUCCCAAUAACCCUACUGCAAAGAGGCCUUUAAGGAUAGGAAUUCACAAGGAGAUCCUUACCUUUUGUUCAUUAGAAAUAUCCAAAUGCCAUCUUUCUUUAAUAUAUUUAUAACAACAACGAAUUGUUUUUAAAAACCUUUAAAAAUUGUAAUAUUGGAUAUUAUGCAUUUAAGUAUUUUCUAUAUAAUAAUGACUAAUAACAGAAAAUUUUUAGAAAUGGAAUUGAACUAGAUUCAUAAAUUUAAAGGAUUCCCUAUAGCACAAUUAUAUACAUAUGCACUUUAGCUUUGAAUUGUAUUAUUUAUUUUAUGAGACAAGUGAAAAUCGAUUAAA